UUGAAAUUUUCAUAAAAUUAUUUAAAUUCCGUUGUGUAGGUAUGACAUUACUUAAAUUAUUUGUAAAUACUUUAAGACAAAACCUGCCAUGGCUUCCCAAUACAGGCACUCAGCUCAGACACAUAACUGCCAUGGAAGUAGCCCCAGAGCCAGAGACAGAUAAAUUCGUGCCAAACAAGAACAGGACCAGGUUCAGAAAACGGCAAUGGGAAGACAAUACUAAAGCUAAUGGGACGCCUGAGGAGAAAAGAGAUAAGCCUUUUGAGAGAAUCAAGAAGAAGAAAAUGGCCAUGCUCUUGGGCUAUUGUGGAGUAGAUUAUUAUGGUAUGCAGAGGAAUCCUGGCGUCAGAACAAUAGAAGAAGACUUACUAAAGGCCCUGUUGGAAGCUAAAUACAUAAGUGAGGAGGACUUCACCGCCCAGCAAAAUACUCAGUUCCAGAGGAGCUCCAGGACUGACAAGGGUGUCUCUGCUUCCAGGCAGGUUGUAUCGCUGAAAUUACCUCUAGAAGUAAGUGUAGAAGAAAUAAACAAAGGACUACCAGAAUGCAUCAGAGUGUUCGAUGUAAAGAGAGUGACGAACAAAUUCAACUCAAAAGGCAAGUGCAACGCACGGACAUACAGCUAUACUGUUCCCACAUUCGCCUUUGAACCAAGCUUGAGUAUAGAGAGUGGGGACGAGAGAAAGAGAUACAGAAUAAGUGCUGAUAAAAUGCAACAUAUUAAUAGUGUUCUAGGGUACUAUAAAGGGACAAAGUGCUAUCAUAAUUUUACAGAGAAAAAACAUUUUCAAGACCCUUCUGCGUCGAGGUACAUGAUGGGAUUUAGCAUAGACAAAGUUUUUGUCGAGUCCGAUAUGGAGUUUGCCGUUUUAUUAGUUAAGGGGCAGAGUUUCAUGUUGCAUCAAAUCCGAAAAAUGAUAGGUUUGACCAUAGCAGUGUGCCGAGGGCUCGUUGACAUCUCUAUAAUGGACAAAGUGUUUGGAAAGGAGAAGGUCAUGAUACCCACUGCUCCGGGCUUGGGUCUGGUUUUAGAUAAGGUACAUUACGAUAGGUACGACACCAAAUUCAAAGACAGCCACGACAGUCUAACAUGGACUGAGGUAGAGGACACCGUCCAAAAGUUCACACACGAACACAUAUUCCCUAACAUCAUCAAGGGUGAGAUACAGGACGAAUCCAUGGCUACCUGGCUGGAGAAAUUGAAAAGACACUCUUAUGAGCCUUCUGAUGACGCGCCAGUUGAAAAAGACGGCGAGAAAGAUGACACUGAUGAUGAGCAAGAUGAUGAUGUAGCGGGAGAUGAAGAAAAUAAUACCGAAGAAGUUAAAGAUAAAAACGAAGAAGCUUCUGAGAAAAAAAAUGAAGUCAGUGAAAAUAAAGAUGACAAGAUUGAAGACAAUAAUAGUGAGAAUGUUGAAGAAAAAUGCGAAGAUGACAAGAGUGAAGAAAAGAAUAGUGAGAAUGUUGAAGAAAAAAGCGAAGUUAGUCAAGUUAGUGAGGAAAAAAAUGAAGUCGGUGAAGUAGGUAAAAAAGUUAUUGAAACUUAG